AUGGAAGCCAAGGAAAGGAGGGAUGAAGAACACUGGCAUGGUAAAGAUGGAGCUGAUUUAAACACAGAGAUUGACUGUAAUGAGUUCCGUGAUCCCAAGGUCUACUGUACUCGGGAAUCUAACCCCCAUUGUGGCUCUGAUGGCCAGACAUAUGGCAACAAAUGUGCCUUCUGUAAGGCGGUGGUGAAAAGUGGUGGGAAGAUUAGACUAAAACACGAAGGAAAAUGCUGAAAUCGGAGCCAGUGUGUUGUACUAGUUUGUCCCCUUCUCCCAUCCUCUUUUUCUUACUUCUGCCUUUUCUUUUCUCUAGUGGAACCCUUAGAUUUAGAAAGACACACCUUCUACUUAGCCUGGGUUCUGGGAAGUUUGAUGUAUGUCUGUUUCCAUCGAUUAGCUUGUCAAUAAAGUAAAUUCUUCAGAAUCAUUGAUUGUGUGUUUACUUUGCUAUCAAGAAAGAUAAAGAUACAACAUGAAAUAAUUGCCCUGCCAGUGA